ACCAGUUGGCAAACCAUCGCUCAUCAGAGAAACAUUCACAAAGGGUGUUACAUGGCAGAGGAAGUUGCAGACUCGUCUCCUGUUAAUAGUGUGGUGGUUAUGCAGACUGAUGAUGAUGGUAACUUUGUUGAAACGCAAACUGCUGGAAACAAAUCUCCCACUAACAUGACUGAAGAUGUCACAGAUUUGAUUGACAAGUCAUCAGACCAGUCACACUCCACCGAAUCAAGAUCGUGCGACAAUGAAGCAGAAAACCGUUCCUGUGAUAUUUGUGGAAACUGUUUUACAGAGUGUGAGGUUCUCCACAAACACAUGAGAACACACACAGAUAACAAAAUCUACAGACUUGAUUCACAGACACCAGCAGAUUCAGAAAGACCUGAAUCUAAACCAUACAAGUGUCCAUCCUGUGGCCAGACGUUCAGACAGGAGAGUCUGUAUGACCGCCACGUCCAAACCCAUGCUGAGCAGCGGUCGUUUCGAUGUCCUCUCUGUGGAAAGUGUUUUAUUCAGGAAUUUAUUCUUAGCAAGCAUAUGUCCAGUCACUUGGCUCAGGACUCCCAUGUGUGUAACAUCUGUCUGACGGGAUUCGGCCAGGCAGAACAUCUGCAGGAACAUUCUCAAAUACAUGAACAUAUAUCUGGCUGCUAUAUAUGUAGAGUGUGUGAGAAGGGUUUCAAGCACAAGGGUGUUCUCGAGUCUCACCUUGUGAGUCACCCUGGAGAGAAGCAGUACAUGUGUGGUGAGUGUGGCAAGAGUCUCGUGUCUGUGCGCAACCUCAAGGCCCACAUGACGAUCCACUCUGGGGAAACCCCUCACAAGUGCGGGGUGUGUGGCAAGCAGUACGGGGUGCCCCGCCACCUGCUGCGUCACAUGAUGCAGCACACGGGCGACCGGCCCUUUGUGUGCGGAGAGUGUGGCAAGCGCUUCCUGCUGAAGCAGCAUCUCAAAGUUCACAUGGUCACCCACAGCGGGACGAAGGAUUUCAAGUGUGACAUCUGUUGGAGGCAGUUUACCCUGAAACAUCACCUCAAGUAUCAUGUAGACAAACAUCAUAGACACAAAUCAGAGACUUGUUCACCCUGAAACAUCACCUCAAGUAUCAUGUAGACAAACAUCAUAGACAAGAAUCAGAGACUUGUGUACCGGGCAAUUCCACGGUAACUGACGUAACAUUCAGACAUUUUUUAACGUCUUGAUUUAUUAUUAUUUUUUAAGUGUUCAAUAAAAUUCUUAAGAGUGUUUUUGAUCGAAAUAAAUAUAUUGUAACAAAGUCAUGUCAAAAGAAAAUUUCAUUGCAUACAAUCUCAGCGCAACUACAAUCACAAAUGAAGGGUGGGUAACUGACGCAACAAACAAAGUAACUUGUAUUUGACAUGUCUUUGAAUUUGCUCAAAUUCUCUGAAUCUGAAGAAUGAAGUUUUCAGGUAUAUAUAGAAAUGUGUAGUGCACAGGUAAUAUAUGAUCACUAGAACAAGAGAACUAAGUUUUCUACAAGGAAUUUUUUAUUAACUUUUUUAUUAAUGGGUAACCGGCGUAACACUAAAAGUAACUGACGCAACAUUUGCGAAUCAUAAAAACUAAUAAGAACAUAUUUUAAAAACAAAACAUUUGUCUUUGGCAACUGGUUCAUCCAAAUUGUAAGAAAUACAUAAAUCUUAAAAGGGAAUUAAAAAAAACUAACAAUAGGGGCAUGUUCAGAGUGGUGGGAUGGGGGUCAACCCCCCCCCCCCCCAUUUCCCAACCCUAUCUCUACUCAAAGCCAAUUAUUAUUAUUAUUUUAAUAUGCAUAUACACGCAUUUGUCAUGGUGAAUUUUAGGACACCAGGUUCUCACAAUUUUCA